GAUGUAUUUACAAGUGCGUCACAUCUGCUUUUCCAAGCUACCAGACACCAUGUCUACUUUGGUCAAAUUAACAUCAUAUUACCUAAAUCUUGGAGUGCAAAACCAGAAUAUACCGCAAUGAAAGCACGUUCCGAGUUGGAGUCAUACAUAACAGUUGAAGCGGGAAAAUUGAUAUCUCCGCAUACAAAGCGUAGAUUAAAGAAGUGCGGACACGCGGGACGAUACAUGUAUCUCCAUGCUGAUUUCCUACUGGAAGAGGGGAAAACAAAGUGGGGACAUCAUGAAAACGUGUUGGUACAUGAGUGGGGACACUUAAGAUGGGGAUUAUUUGAUGAAUAUCCAUUAGAGAAGAAUAAAAGAUUUUAUUUGGAAGAUGGUGUGUGGCAUCCUACCAGGUGCAGUAAAAAAGUAAAAGGAAUUGUUGGCAUGGGUCAACAAUGUUCAGCAUCACCUUACUGUACAGUUACUGACACAACUGAAGUGAUGGAUAAAGACUGUAAAUUCUGUCCCGAUGAAACCCAAUCACAGUCCAAUUUAAGUUCAUUAAUGGCAUACAACUGGGUAGACGGGGUAUGUGGCAUCACGUUUUACUUCCGAGAAGAACCCCUGCCAGCAGUCACUGAUACAACCCCUGUGUUCAACAUUGUCCGUGAAACUGAUGGUUACCGUGUAUUUGUAUUAGACGUUUCUGGUAGUAUGUCUAUUUUCAGGUUUGUUACCACAGAUUUAAGAGGGUGUGAAAUCAUAGUAAUUUCAGACGGUAAAGACGGCAACACUGCAAACUUUGAUUCUGCUAUGGAGCAUGUUAUCAAUGAGAAAUGUGUCAUACACACCAUUUCUAUUUCCCAAGCAGCAGAUGAAAGAAUGAUAUCCAUGGCAACAAGAACUGGAGGAAUUCAUAUUUCUUACCUUGAAACUGAGACAAUUAAUUUUGCGUCCGUAUUUAUGGGGGUUGUUUCCAAGGGGGUUACACAAGCAGCUAUGGAAUCAACCACGCUUAUAUCGGAGACGGUUGACACUCUCGGUCCAUCACCGUAUACAUUCACUUUUGAUGUAGAUAACAGUGUUGGAAAGAACACUACCGUUAGUGUUCUAAACAAGGUGUCAGGGUCAAUAAAUAUUAAUGUUGAAAGUCCAAAUGGAACCUUAUAUUCACAACAAGCCAAUGGGGACAGUCUUGUAUUAUGUAUUCCCGGGAUAGCAGAGCCCGGACGAUACAAUGCAACAAUCGAAGCAGAAUCCACUUUUGAACACAUUGUUACCUCUGAACCAACUGGACCUGAGGUAGUGCGAGUUGAUUCAUGGAUCAGUCCAGUUAAUUUUGACUUUGUCUCUGGCAAUCUACCUGUUGUGGGAGCUGAUGUAUCGAAAGGGAGAUCUGCUGUUUUAAAUGCAAAUGUGACGGCGAUUAUAGGUACAGGAGUUUCCGUGCCAUUAUUCGACAAUGGACUUGAUCCAGAUGACUUGGCAAAUGAUGGGGCUUAUGCCGGAGUUAUACCAAGAUAUUGUAUUCAAAAUAAUGGUCGCUUAACUGCAAAAGUUAUUGCGCAUGCAGAAGGUGGUACAGCAUCUAUUAAAGAUUCCUUUGGUAUCAGCGCAGGAUAUCAAUAUUCAGAUGAAGAUUUGGAAGAACCAGAAGUUCUCAAAGACAGCUUCCAGCGUGUCUCUCUGCAUAAUGAGAUUCUUGUAUCAAAUUUCUCGCCUGUCAUUGCGAAAACUGACAUCACACCACCAGGCCGUAUCACAGAUGUAGAUGUUAUAGAUAUAACUACAGAAAAAACAAAUUAUGGGGAGAGCAGAAACUUUACUAUUACAUGGACGGCAACGGGAAAUGACGUAAAUAUUGGACAAGCUGCAAACUAUGAGCUUAGAAUUGCAGACGACAUUUAUACACUGAUAAAUAACUUUUCGGCGGCCACAAUGCUAGAUACCGUGAAUACAAAUUACACACCAAAGGCUGCAGGUGAAACUGAGUACAUCAGGAUAGAAAUCGACGCAGAAGAAUCGUACACGUCAACCACAUUCUUUGCUUUACGGGCAAAGGACGAAGCUGGAAACCUUGGCGAUGUUUCUAACAUCGUUUCUAUUCUUGUUGCCAAUGGAUACAGAAUACAAGCAGAAGGUGACGUUGAGAAACCUAACCGCACAAACAAAGUUUUUCAGUUUAAUACUGAGGAAGAACAUGUUGAAGGAAAACUUGAGGAGGAAGAAGAAGAGGAAGAAGAAGAACCUACAAGUCGAUACUACGACAGUAACAGUCAACAGCUCGAUGAUAACAUGUUGUUAGAACAUGAAAAUGUGCUAGUUCAUGAAUGGGGACACUUAAGAUGGGGUCUAUUUGACGAAUACACCACAAAGAAAAGCAAAAGGUUUUACAUGCACAGUGGAGUUUGGAAUCCAUCCAGGUGCAGUAAACAAGUAGAAGGUACUGUCGGCAUGGGUUCAAGAUGUAGAAGUACAUCGUCCUGUACAGUUACUGACACAACUAAAGUGAUGGAUAAAAACUGUAAAUUUUGUCCCGAUGAAACACAAUCCCAGUCAAAUUUAAGUUCAAUAAUGGCAUACAACUGGGUGGAUGGGAUAUCAAUGUUUUGUGAUAAUGAAGAUGAUGAAAUUAUCCCCAUACAUCAGAGGCAUAACAGUAAAGCCCCAACCAAACAAAAUGACAAAUGCAAGGGCCGUAGUGCUUGGGAAGUAAUGAGGGACCAUACUGACUUCAAAUCAGAACCUCUACCAGCAUCUACAAAUACAACUCCUAUAUUCAACGUCCUACGUGAAACUGACGGUAACCGUGUCUUUGUUUUAGACGUUUCUGGUAGUAUGGAUGUUUCUGAUAGAAUCAAAACGCUAUAUCAAGCCAGUGAGUACGUGAUACAAAAUAGAAUUCCAGACGGAAGUUGGCUCGGUAUUGUUUGGUUCAGCUCGUCUGCCUCCAUCAAAAUGAAUUUAACUCAAGUCGUGUCGCAAGAAGUAAGAGACAAUCUUGUCGGUGCAUUACCACAAACAACCGGUGGAGGGACCUGUAUUGGAUGUGGAAUAGAAAAAGCAUUACAGAUUUUCAGGUUUGUUCUUACAGAUUUAACAGGUUGUGAAAUCAUAGUAAUUUCAGACGGCCAAGACAACGGUGGUGAUAGCCUUGAUUCCGCUGUCGAGCACGCUAUAAAUGAAAAAUGUGUCAUACACACCAUUUCUAUUUCCCAAGCAGCAGAUGAAAGAAUGAUUUCCAUGGCAACAAGAACAGGAGGAAUUCAUAUUUCUUACCUCGAGACUGGCACAAUAAGUUUUGCAUCUCUCUUUAUGGAGCUUGUUUCUAGCGGUGUUACACAGUCAGCUUUAGAGUCGACCACGCUAAUAUCGGAGACGGUUGACGCACUGGCUUCAUCGCCGUUUUCGUUCACAUUUGAGGUAGAUAACAGUGUCGGGAAGAAUACUACCGUUAGUGUACUUCAAAAGGUAUCGACGUCUAUACGAAUUGAGGUUGAAGGUCCCGAUGGAACAUUGUACCCACAACAUAGCAACGCCGAUAGUCUUGUCCUAGAUAUUCCUGGGACAGCAGGGCCUGGACAAUACAAUGUGACAAUCGACGCACAAGCACCUUUUGAAUAUUAUGUCACAUCUCUGCCAACUGGACCGGAAGUGGUGCGGGUUGUCUCGUGGAUAAGUCCAGCUGAUUUCAACUUUUCGUCUGAUGAUCUGCCUGUAGUAGAAGCUGAUGUACUGAAAGGGAGGGCUGCUGUUUUAAAUGCAAAUGUGACUGCAGUUAUAGAGACAGGUGGUUCAGAUCCGUGUACCGUUGCAUUACUUGAUGAUGGGGUCGAUCCAGACGACACUGCAUAUGAUGGAGUUUAUGCUGCUGUAAUACCAAGGUUUUGUAUUCAAAAUAAUGGUCGCGUAACUGCAAAGGUGUAUGCUCAAGCAGAAGGUGGUUCAGCGUCUGUUCAGGACACUUUUAGUGGCGGGGCAGGAUAUCCAGAUUCAGAUGAAGAGUUUGAAGAGCCAGAAGUUCUUGAAGACAGCUUCCAGCGUGUCUCUUUGCGUAAUGAGAUUCUGGUAUCUGACUUCUCGAAUGCCAUUGCGAAUACUGACAUCACAUCGCCUGGUCGUGUCACAGAUGUAGAUGUUAUAGAUAUAUCUACAGAAAAAACAAAUUAUGGUGAGAGCAGAAACUUCACCAUCACGUGGACGGCAACAGGAAAUGACGUCAACAUUGGACAAGCUACAGGCUAUGAGCUGAGAAUUGCAGACGACAUCCAUACCCUGAUUAAUAAUUUUUCGUCUGCAACACUGCUAGAUGUUGUCAAUGCGAACUAUACACCAAAAGCGGCUGGUGAAGUGGAGUAUCUAAGACUAGAAAUAGACGCAGAAGAAUCGUACACGUCAACCACAUUCUUUGCAAUGCGGGCAAAGGACGAAGCUGGAAACGUAGGUGAUGUUUCUAACAUCGUUUCUAUUCUUGUUGCCAAUGGAUACAGAAUAACUGUAGAAGGUGAUGUAGAUUUUAUAUUCAGUACUGAAGAAGAUCCCGUUGAAGGAGGAGAAGAGCAGACGAAAAAUCUGACAACGCUGGCCAUUGGUUUAUCAUGUGCAGCAGCGGUCGUCGUCAUAGUGAUAGUAGUGGUAGCGGUGUUUGUAAAAAAAUCCAAAUGUGACAGCAAGACGAUCACCAAAGAUUGUGAGCAUGGCAGUAGGUCCUCUACAUAUACUGUUUCCUUUGAUAACCCGCUGAAAAACUAACUUUGAUAACUUUGGCACAGGAAACUUCCACUUAAAAACUUACAAGCCACAGAAAUCUUACUAACCACAUAAAACUCCUACUGAAGAACUGACAACCCACAGAAAACUUACAAACUAAGAAAAAUCUCCUGCUGAAAAACUGACAACCCAUAGAAAAUUUACAAGCCAAGGAAAAUCUCCUCUGAAAAACUGACAACCAACAGAAAACUUACAAACCACGGAAAAUCUCCUACUGAAAAACUGACAAACCACAGAAAACUUACAAGCCACGGAAAAUCUCCUACUGAAAAACUGACAACCCAUAGAAAACUUACAAGCCAAGGAAAAUCUCUUCUGAAAAACUGACAACCAACAGAAAAUUUACAAACCACGGAAAAUCUCCUACUGAAAAACUGACAAACCACAGAAAACUUACAAGCCAUGGUAAAUCUCCUACUGAAAAACUGACAAACCAAAGAACUUACAUGCCACGUAAAAUCUCCCACUGAAAAACUGACUAGCAAUUGAAAACUUACAAGCCACAGAAAAAUCCUACUGAAAACGGACAAGCCACAAAAAAAAACCUACAAGCCACAGAAAACUUCAACUGAAAAACCACAGAAACUCCCCCUUAAAAGCUGACAUAUUGAUAAAUAAUAUUCUUUUAAUCUGCAUUCAGAUAUAGUUCAGCUACAUUGAAAAUUAUAUUUUAUAAAUUUCACUAGUUGCUUAUCAGAAUAUAAUCAUUUGAUAGAUUACAAUAAAACACAAAUAUAGAAUAAAAUUCAAUAAAAACCGUGCUUCAACCCAUAUGCAUAAAGUUAUGUAAAAAAAAUCAAAUUGAGUAGUUUAACAUUAUUGCACUGUAAUAGAGAAGAAUGACCAGUUAUAAACCUAUAUCAAUGUUUAUUACUUCAGCAGUAUGUCACAAAGUUAAAGACUUCUUUUCUACAAAUGUAUGAACCUUAACUCGAAAACAUGCUAAAGAAAUAUUAAAACUCCUAUUCCCUGUAUAAACAUAUCUUUUUAGCUCACCUGUCACAAAGUGACAGGGUGAGCUUUUGUGAUCGCUUUUCGUCCGGCGUCCGUCCGUCCGUAAACUUUUACUUUAAAUUACAUCUUCUCAUAAACCACUAAGCCAACUUCAUCCAAACUUCACAGGAAUGUUCCUUUGGUGGUCACCUUUUAAAAAUUGUUCAAAGAAUUUAAUUCCAUGCAGAACUCUGGUUGCCAUGGCAACCGAAAGAAAAAACUUUAAAUAUCUUCUUUUAAAAAUCCCUAAGAACUAGAGCUUAGAUAUUUAGCAUGCAACAUCUUCUAAUGAGUGUCUACCAAGUUUGUUCAAAUAAAAGCCCUGGUAUCAAAAUUGGUCCCGCCCCAGGGGGUCUUUGAUUUUCC